AUGCCGACGAUGUGGGACCGGCUCCGGCCAGCACAACAAAAAGACCAUAGCGCUCCAGCGCUGAAUCGCAAGAAGCUGGAAGAAUGGCAGAACUCGCGAGGUCCAUCUCAAGGAUAUUCGUACACCAUCAAGGGCGGCGCGAGACCUGAAAGACCACCACGAAAUUUCCAGAAACCUAAGGACAACCACAAUAACACAAAACCCUAUUUGCUCUGCGGAGUUGCCAACAACGCGCUGGAAGUAAGAACCCAAGAUGCUGACACCACGCUUUCCCAACAGUCAAAUCGCAGCGCCUGCGGUCCAGGCCCCACCGCAAGCAGGUGGCAACUCCCAGUUUCGCAACUCCGUCUACUCGCAAUACGACCGUCCAGUUUCUUCAGUGUAUUCGCAGCCGUCACCCGUUGCUGCUACGUUCGCUGCGCAGCAGCUCCAAGACAAAACCUACAGCAACCAAAACGCCAUUUCCCCCCGAGUUCGCCUGACGUAUCGACUCUAAGGAAUGGGCCACAUGCUCACCAGGACGGUGACGUUUCUCCCAUUCAGGAAGUGUCACAGAGCUCUCAUUUCAACAUGGACCACGGCACAACAGGACGGUCGGGCCAAGCCCGAAGCAACAUCCCAAUGAUGCGACGAGAACAGCGCCAAAAGAAGGACGCCGCCUUGAGUGCGCUGCGGGAGUCCAAGUCACGAGAACAGUUGAGACAGCCUCGUCCACAUGGGCAUGAUGUACGUUGGGACGCAUUAACAGGAGAGCCCACGACGAGUGAAAAAGGGCGUCCCUCAUUCGUUGACCCUCACCAGGAAGUGCAAAAGUACUCGGGUCCUUCGAGCCUGCCAAUCAACCAUCCGACUGCCAACCCUAGCCCCUUCGGCGAGCGUAUUAGACGCACGCAGCCACCCCGACAAGCUAGCAGUAGCCCCCAGACUGAGCCGCCCCCCAGACCUGAAUGGCGCGGAGCCAGCGGCCAUCCCCCCAAGAGCAGUAAAAGGCCCCCUCGUGGGGCUGGUGUUCUGUCCCCUGUCGAUUCGUUGGGCUCUGAAACGUCAUCGUCUUCCCCACCCAUACAAAGCAAAGAGAGACUCGGCAGCAGAGCCUUGUCAGGUGCAACCCGCAGCGCCGUCCCGUCGUCUACUCCGUGGGCGCCGGCUCCCGCAGAUCCAAAGCCAAGUACCAGCAACGUACAGGCAUACCCAAGUCCACCCCUAUCGGACGACACAUCUGUUCCGGCCAAGGUGCUACCAAAGCCCGUCACCCAAGUACAUCCCGCUCCAGAGGCGCAGUCCCCUCCGUCAUCUCUUUUUCCUCCCAACGAGAAAGCAAUUCGCAGAAAGCCUGCAGCACAAGGUCAUCAACCACCUUCGGCAACUUCUUCUGUCUACUCCCAGCUCGACAUCCACCCGGCUCAAGCACCCCCUGGUGGAUUCCCCGUCGACGAGUGGACACAGCCACCUUCGCGCUUCAGCGUAACCACUUACGCGACCUCUGCACACAGCGCUAACCCGCGUCAUUCUGCUGAUCUUAAUGAGGACACGCCGCCACUGCCAACCCCUCCAACGCAGUUCUCUCAGUCGUUGCCCAAAUCCGCAACACCGCCGGGCAACUCGAUCUUGGACCGCAAGCGCCCUGUUGUCAGCGGAUACGAGCAUCUCCCCCGCCACCGCGUCCCAUCGGAACCCAUCAAGUUGAACAUGGACUCGCCCUACUACAUGUCCUCGGGACUUACGUCCUCCUCCCGUUCAACGAACCCUCGCCCCGUUCCCAACGGGAAUCACAGCAGUCUAUCCGUUGUCUCGGUCGGCUCGUUGGACAAGAACCUCCCAUUAGCACCACCUGAGGAAUCCGCUCGCGAUCGUGUGGCCCAGCUCAACGCCAAACUGCAGUCUCUAGCAAACCGCCGGAUCAACAUCAAUCAGGCAAUUAAGCAAAUGACCGAGCUGAUGCCGACGGAUAGGAUCCUGGCCUCGGAUGAGGUGAUCCGCAAGCGCGAGAAAGAGAAGCGCAAGGUGGAGGUGUUAAGGGACGAGCUCGCUAAUGUGCAGCGCGAGGAGUAUGAUCUAGGACUGAAGCUGCAUCGCGCCUAUAAACGCCUGGACCGCGAUGCCGAUUUCGAGCCCACAACACUGUGGGUGAGACGAGUCACUGGGUGA